AUGAUGAACAGAUCCCCCAGAGUCGCUACCCGCUGUCUGCGACAGCAACGCCUCCGCCAAUCAGCCGGUCGCUACCGUAACGCUCGAUUCCAAUCCUCGUCCUCGUCCUCGUCCUCUUCCUCCGGCUCCACUGGCACCGGCAGCAGCAACCCCGCCCUGGUCGGCGGUCUCAGCGGCGGUCUCGUCGCCAUUGUCACCGGUUACACAUGGUACCACUUCUCGGGAGCCCGCAAAGCCGUCAAGACUAUGAAACAGACCCAGGUCUAUGCGGAUCAAGUAAAGCAAGGUAUCAUCAACAACGCUCCAGAGCCGGACAAGGCGCUGAACUGGCUGCGCGAUACGCUGAAGAGCUAUGCGGUGUUUCUCCCUGGCGUGAGCCAGCACAUUGAUACUGCGUUCGAUGAUCUGGAGAAGGUGAAGCAACGGCAUGGGCCUGAGGUGGAUAGCAUUGUUCGGGAUGCGUAUAAGGAGCUGAAGUCGCUGGGAAGCAAGGGUGGUUCGAAUGCCGAUACUGCCAUCCAGGCAUUGCAGGUGCUGCAGAAGAGUCUGACACGGUUGAUGGAGUUGUCUGGUGAUGCUGCCGGAGAUAUUCUUGAUAACCAUCCAUGGUUGCAGGAGAAGGUUGGUGGUGGGUGGAAGCAGUUGAAGGAGAUGGGAGAGGCGUAUGGGCCGCAGGCAAAGGAGGAGGUGGAUAAGACGAGGGAGCAACUUGCCGGAGUGGCCAAGAAGGGAUUCAGUCUUGCGUCGGUGGAGGAGGUAAGGAAGCUUAUUCAGGAGAAGUCGGAGAAGUUGCAGAAUCUUGGGGAUGAGAUGUGGCAGAAGGGAUUGGAGGAGAGUAAGCAGUACUUGGAUAAGAAUCCGAAGGUCAAGGAGUUGGUGGAGAAUAAUGCGGAUGCGUUGAAGAAGGGCAAUGUUAGUGAGUUGUGGGGUAUGGUGAAGGAGGCUGCGUCGUCAGGCAAGACGGAGCAGGUGGAGAAGUAUGUCAAGGAGAAGGUCGAUCAGGCACAGCAAAGUGGGUCUUUUGAUUUGAGCAAGUGGGCGGAUAUGGUUCCUGGAGGAUCGAAUGUUCUGGGCCAGUUGCAGUCGCUUCGCACGCUGCAGGAGAAGAAGGGCAAGGAGGCUGAGAAUGUCCUCAAGGAGACGAUGGAUGAAAUCCAGCAAGUUUUGAAGAAGAGAAAGGAACAGAUGGAGAAGCUCGCCAGUGAGGCGAAGAAGGAUAACUAG